CGUGAAGGAAGGCUUGAGUAAACACUCCCUAUCUCAUCCUCAGGCCUCUUCUAGAGUCGCCCGUCGGCCCUUCUGAUGCUCCGCGCUCUCCAGACAAAAGCCCACAUCUCGCCUGCCCACGUCGCCAGCCUCAACAGUCAAACCGCCCGCCGGACCAUUAGAAUGGACUCGCAUCUCCAUCCCCUCCAGGGGCUCUACAAGCCCAACAACCUCAAGGGACUCUACUAUGGGCCGGACGUGGUCAAGAACCACAUCCUCUCGGUCCUGCCCACCGAGACGUCCAAGGCGUUCAUCAUCACGGGCAACUCCCUGGCCAACAAGACGCCGCUCAUCAAGGCGCUCGAGGAGCUGCUGACCAAGGACCACCACGCGGGCACGUUCAGCAACAUCCGAGAACACGCGCCGGUGGCGCAGCUCGACGAGGCCACCGCCAUCGUCAAGAAGGACAGCACCAUCGACACCAUCAUCUCCGUGGGCGGCGGCUCGCCCAUCGACAGCGCCAAAGCCAUCGCGUACCGGGUGCACGAGACCUCGCAGAAGUGGCUCCUGCACAUCACCAUCCCGACCACGCUGUCGGCGGCCGAGUGCACCGCCAUCGCGGGCUACACGCAGGCGGACGGCACCAAGACGGGGAUCAGCCACCCGAACACCUACCCGGCGUACAUCUUCUACGACCCGAAAUUCGCGCGCUACACGCCGCCGCACCUGUUCCUGUCGACGGGGCUGCGCGCCAUGGACCACGCCGUCGAGAGCCAGUACCACCCGACCACGACGUGGGUGCCGUGCCGCCUCGUCGCGCUGAACGCCAUCACCGAGCUCUUCCGCCUGCUGCCCAAGUACAAGGCGGACCCGACGGACGAGGACGUGAUCACGGGCCUGCUCCUGGCCGCGUACGCGUCCCUGGGCUUCGUGGGCCAGAACCUCAAGGGCGGCCUGGGCCUGUCGCACUCGCUGGGCUACGCGCUGGGCUCGCCCUACGGCAUCCCCCACGGCAUCACCUCGUGCUUGACCCUCGGGCACGUCGUCAAGCUCAAGGCGCGCCAGAGCCCCGAGAACGCCGAGAGCAUCGCCGCCAUCUUGCCGUACAUUGGCGGCGGGGAGAAGCGGUCCGGCGACAACGUCGAGGACAGCGACCGCGUCGGAGACCGCAUCUUGGGCCUGGUGCAGGACCUCGGGUUCAAGACGACCCUCACCGAGAAGGGCGUCGGCAGGGACCAAAUCGACAUCAUCUGCGCGAGGGCCACCGGCGGCCUGAUGCCCCAGAAGGAGAAGACCACGCAGGACGCAGAGCUCCUCAAGGCGGUGAGAGGGCUGGUGGAGACGUUGUGGUAGAGUGAUGCAGAGGGUUUGAUAUAUUUCGUUAUUACCAGUCUCAAGUAGCAGUAAAAGUAUACAAGUACCUCUAAACCAAAAAAAAAGGCAGGUAUCAAUGUGCUGUCACAUGAAAGGACCAGUUGGGUCUAUUACAUAGCGUCUAGUUACUGUUUGAAUUGAAAAAAAACAACAAAAGGAGCUACGAUGAGCAGCAAAGGAU